GCGCGAACGCGAGCCACGAACGCCGCGCCCCAUCCCCGAUUCCCACCGCGCGCGCGCGCCAUGGCCGCCACCGCAGCAGCAGCAGCAGCAGCCGGAGGCCUCGUCCACCUCCGGCCUCCGCAAUCUGCCGCGUCUCGCUUCGGCGCCUCUGGCGCGCCGCCGCUACGCUCGCGGAGGCCGGGCCAGCACCGGCCUCGCCGCCACGGGGCCGCGCGGUCGGUCGCGGUCGGGGAGGCGGCGUACGCGGAGCCCGAGGCGGCGCUCCUCGAGGCCCUCCUCGGCGUCCAAGGCCGCGGCCGCGCCGUCGCACCUCGCCAACUCCAGGAGGUGGAGAGCGCCGUGCAGGCCCUCGAGGCCCUGGGAGGCGUGCCUGAUCCGACAAGUUCAAGUUUAAUUGAAGGUAGCUGGCAGCUCAUCUUCACUACUAGACCAGGGACAGCAUCCCCUAUUCAGCGGACUUUUGUUGGAGUUGACUCUUUCAGGAUCUUCCAGGAAGUUUACCUCCGGACAGAUGAUCCAAGGGUGGUUAAUGUUGUAAGGUUUUCAGAAUCAGUUGGUGAUCUGAAAGUAGAGGCAGAAGCAACUAUUGAGGAUGGAAAGCGCAUUCUUUUCCGUUUUGACCGAGCAGCAUUCACCUUCAAAUUUCUGCCAUUCAAAGUUCCAUACCCAGUGCCAUUUAAGCUUCUUGGAGAUGAAGCAAAGGGUUGGCUUGACACAACAUACUUAUCCCAUGCUGGGAACAUACGUAUUUCAAGGGGAAACAAGGGAACCACAUUUGUCCUACAGAAGAGUCCAGAUGCAAGGCAAAUUUUGUUGUCAACUAUAUCUGCAGGGAUAGGAGUAGAAGAGGUCAUUGAUGAUUUUAUUUCAAGCCAAAAUGGAGCCGAAGUUGAUCUAGACAUUCUGGUGGGAGAAUGGCAACUACUGUGGGGCUCACAGAUUGAAGGUGAAAGUUGGUCGUCUGUCGCAUCUGCCGGUCUCAAGGACUUCCAGAUUAUAAAAGAAUGCGGCCAAUUGAAGAAUUCAGUGAGCCCGUUUCCAGGCGUUAGCCUCAAUGCAAGAGGCAACAUUUGCAAAACAGGGAACAACAAUACCUUUAGCGUGUCCAUGAAGGAAGCAGCUAUUCAAGUUGGUGGUGUGCAGUUUCCCUUGGAUGCUAAAGGAGAAUUUGUCAUGGAAAUAUUGUAUAUCGACAACAAGAUAAGGAUAUCCAGGCUGAACCAGCACAUGCUAGUCCACUUACGCAUCGCAAAUGCAACAUAAACAACAUAAAUGAAGGAUAUGUGGGCAUGUUUCUUUUUAUCAUUGUUGAGCACAGUUUGAAUCAAUAUGAUUAGUUUGAGCAAUAUAAUUUUGAUUUCUAAGAUUGUUCAUUGGUGUACAACUAACCCUAGUAAAGCAAAACUCGAUUGGUGUUA